GGUGGCUGCGGCGUGGGGGCUGAGAGUUAAUAAAAGUAUCCAUGGAGAACAAUGAAAAUUCAGUGGAUUCAAGAUCCAUUAAAACUUCAGAGACAAAGAUCUUACAUGGAAGCAAACCAAUGGACUCUGGAAUAUCCUUGGAUGAUAGUUACAAAAUGGAUUAUCCUGAAAUGGGUUUAUGUAUAAUAAUUAAUAAUAAGAACUUUCAUGAAAGUACUGGGAUGGCAUGUCGGUCUGGUACAGACGUAGAUGCAGCAAACCUCUGGGAAACCUUCACGAACUUGAAAUAUGAAGUUAGGAAUAAAAAUGAUCUUACAUGUGAAGAAAUCUUGGAAUUAAUGUACAGUGUUUCUAAAGAAGAUCAUAGCAAAAGGAGCAGUUUUAUUUGUGUGCUUCUAAGCCAUGGCGAGGAAGGAAAAAUUUUUGGAACAAAUGGACCUGUCGAUCUGAAAAAAUUAAUAGGUUUCUUCAGAAGGGAUUGUUGUAUAAGUCUAACUGGAAAACCUAAACUUUUCAUUAUUCAGGCUUGCCGAGGUACAGAACUGUACUGUGGUAUUGAGACAGACAGUGGUGUUGAGGAUGACAUGGCCUGUCAGAAAAUACCAGUUGAGGCGGACUUCUUGUAUGCAUAUUCUACAGCACCUGGUUACUAUUCCUGGUGAAAUUCAAAGGAC